AUGACGGAUAUCACCAGCCUGCACCGGUGCGAAGCGCUGGUUCAGCUGCUGGGGGCAGAAAAGGUGUCAUUACCAGGUAGUUCCGCCUAUGCUGCGACCCUGUCGUCAUAUUUCGCUUUACAGGCGUCCUCGAUUCGACCAUUGUGUUUCGUUACACCGCAUAGUGCCAGCGAUGUGUCGAUCGUAGUUCAGUCGCUAGCCGCUGAUGCCGCUGCUGGCUCAUGCAGUUUCGCAAUCCGAUCAGGGGGGCAUAUGUGGAACCCCGGGGCAUCAAAUGCUCCGGACGGCGUGACGGUCGACCUGUCGAGACUCAAUUCGAUCGAUGUAAAUGCCCGGGACUCGACUGUGUCUCUCGGCCCAGCCGCAUCUUGGGACGCCGUCUUUGCUAAGCUCGAACCCCUGGGGCUCGGUGUUGCUGGAGGUCGGAUCGCCGGCGUGGGUGUGGGAGGCUUGACGCUGGGAGGUGGCCUCUCUCACUUCUCGCCUCGCUACGGUUGGACGUGUGAUACGGCGACAGCUUUCGAAAUUGUCCUGGCCGACGGCUCUAUUGUGGAAGCCAGUGAGGUGCAGAACAAAGAUCUCUUCCGAGGACUUCGCGGCGGAGCCAACAACUUUGGUAUCGUCACCCGGGUGGACCUGAGGACAUUCAAGCAAGGCCCUGUAUGGGCUGCUACCAUCUACAGUCCGCUCUCGACUGUAGAUGACCAGAUCAAAAUCUUUGCCAACCUUUUGGCAGCUGAAGAUUACGAUGAGAAUGCAUCAUUCUUCACUGGAUUCGGAUACUCACAGACCAACAAGAUGACAGUCGUUGUCAACAACUUGGUCUACACCAAAGCAGUAGAGAAUCCAUCUUAUUACCAGGGAUUCCUCGAUCAGCCUUCCAUUUAUAGCUCAUCUUCCCUCACCAACAUGACUGCCCUUACGCAGCAACAAGCGAGUUUUCUGCCUCCAGGGAUGUCUCGAUACCUAUUUGCCACAACAACCUUCAUCCCGACAGAGGAAAUGCUUCGUGCCGCAUAUGAAGCGUACAGCAGCAGCCUAGAGAGGGUCAAAGAUAUCAAAGGCCUCACAUGGUCGUUGUCAUUCGAGCCACUGCCUCCUAAGAUCUACCAACGCGGCGCGGCAGAAAAUACAAUGGGGUUGGCCGACCGCAAGGGAGCUCGCGUUGUGUGCCUCCUCUCACAGGCAUGGUCUGACGAGGCAGAUAACGUGCGUGCUACCGCUGAAUCUGAGGCCCUUGUUGGUGCCAUCGAAAAGGCCGCUCGCGACCUCGCGGCCUACGAUCCGUAUGUCUACCUGAACUACGCCGCAGACUGGCAGGACCCAAUUUUGAGCUACGGGGGGAACAGCGUCCAACAGCUGAAGGAUCUACGGGCUAGGGUGGAUCCUACUGGGGUGUUCACGCGUCUCGUUCCUGGUGGCUUCAAGGUCCCAUCUUGA